AUGGACCCUCAAAGAAACAUACAAGAACUAUCGUCCAGUAAGAGUGAUCGUAAAAAGGUUCGGGAUCGAAAGAAGAAUUUAAUCAAGAAAGCCGAGGAGCUUUCAAAACUUUGUGGUGUUGAUGUAUGCUUGAUCCUCUACCAACGCCAAAGUACUGUAGCAGAGACUUGGCCCCAAGAUCCUGCGCAAGUCAAACGCAUUAUCACUGGGUACAAGGCAAACCCGGCAAUCAGAGAUGCUAGCAUUCCUUCAUUGGAGACAAGGGGUUUGGCAGAAACCAAGCCUCGAAAGUCAGAUAGUGGUCGUGAGAAUGUUAUUAAUAAUUCCGAUGAGGAGAGGGAGAUGUUGUACCCGACAUGGGAUGAUCGAUUAGAUUACUGUUCUGAGGACGAAUUGUUUAGACUGGUUGCUUCCUUGGAUGCAAAGCUAGAAGCUUCAACAAAGAGGAUUGAUUCACUAUCGAUGAAAAGCUGUAGCGGUUUUGUGACCCCAAAAAACAAAAACAGCAAAGCUGGUGCACUUGAUCAUCAUGACAAGGUGAAUUCGAACUUGAACUUGGUCCCUUUUCAUGAGAUUAAUGAUCUUGAUGAUCCAAGAUCAUCCAGAAACUACAGUAGUACUUCAACCAUGCAAUUCAGGAGGUCUCCUUAUAUGCAAUAA